AACAUACGGCCUUAGGUUUCUUAAAAAAAAAGACUAAUUUUUUGUAAUACAUUAAUUAAAAAUGUAGGGCACGCCACGAAAAAAUAUGUGAAAGUGGCUAUUUUUAAACAAUAAAUACUUUUCAAAUUCUGUACAUAUUACUGUAUGUAGUGGUGCACAAAAUAUAUGAUAAUGAAUUUAUUUAAGUAGUUUUUAAGGUACCGAGAUUCCCUUUAAAUCCCUUUAAAUUUGUCGAAAGUCGAAUGUUAAUUUACAUGAUUUUAUAGGUAGAAAGAAGCAAAAUGGAUUCAGCCGGGAGCACGAUUAGUGGCGCAGGGGAGCAAGAUGAUUUAUCACCCGACGCACUGGUCAGACAGAAUUACGAAUUGCGCCACCGGCUCGAAGAAGAGGCAGCUAAUUAUAAGAGACGUUUGGACACCUACAGACAGGCACAACAGCAUCAAGCUGCACUCGUUUCUCGUCUCCAAGCCAAAGUUUUACAAUACAAGCAGAGAUGUUCAGAACUGGAAAAUCAAAUGGUAGAAUCUGCUGUGCACGAUAUCGGGAAAGCAACAACUUCUGCAGCACCGCAGCUAACAACUUCACCUUUGGAUGCAGCUCAUCAAACAUUGAGAGAAAUUCGAGAGGAACAGAUUCAUGAUUUAGAUACGGCUUUAAAAAAACUUGGAGAUGAACGAAAAAGAUGUGAAAAACUCUUGCAAAUAAAUUCUACCUUGAAAGAUCAAUUAGAUGAAUCUCACCAAACGAACGAAGCACUUACAAAUGAUUUACAAAAAUUGAGCAACGAUUGGGAUAUUUUGAGAGAGGAACUGGCUAUCAAGGAGGAAGAUUGGAGAGAGGAGGAGCAAGCUUUUAACGAAUAUUAUACCUCGGAACAUAAUCGACUGUUAAAUCUUUGGCGCGAUGUUGUUUCUGUAAAACGAUUAUUUGCCGACAUAAAAUCUAGUACAGAGAGAGAUCUAUUAAAAAUGAAAAACAGCAUUAUUUCGACGUUUAAUGACGUCUCCUCGGCCUGCAAUACUACAGGAUUUGCCAUAAGAAUGCAAGCUGCCAUGCAACCUAUGAUAUCUCAACAAGUUCAUCAGUCUCAAGAACAACUAACGACAGACCUGAAAACAGAACUGACCACCCUGAAACAGCAAUACGACGUAGCACAAAAUGAAAUUCGUACGAAGGAGGAAAAAAUCAAUCAACUUAUUCGAGAUGUUCACAGUUUGGAAGAAAAAUGCGGAGACGCGGAAACAGAAGUACAUCGCAAUACUCGGUUGCAAGACGACGUAGAAAUUUUACAAUCCGCGUUAAGGGACAUAGCUCACGCUGUGAUUCAAGACGCGGAGUGCCGGGAAAUGGAGUCUAGUCAAGCGCCUCCUCAUCUUCAUUUAACUCCCACCGGACCGAUCCCUCAAAAGUCACCGAAAAGAGGCACAAGAAGCAACACUAUUCCAGCAUUCGCCGAAAGUACUAUCAGUGCUGUCCAGGCAGCUCUACACAAAUAUCAGUUGACCAUACACGAACUUCAGGUGAAGUUACAAGUUAAUAAAGAGCAAUUGCAAACUACUCGGAAACAAUGCGAGAGCGCUGAGGAGAAUGUUAACAACUUAGAGAAGAGGGUAGAGGAACUGAUCAACGAAUUGGAUGCCGUCCGAUCGCAUUGUUCGCAGCUUAUUCAAGAAAAAGACAUGUUACAAAAAGGGCUGGAUACCGUAAGGAUGGAGAAGAAUGCACUUGACAAGAGCAGAGUGGAAAUUAACAGCAUGAUGGAAAGUUUAAACAGCGAUUGUGAGAAGUUGCAAAAGACUAACAAUAAGUUACAGAAGCUUUGUGACAAUCUCGAGGAUGAGAAAUUAUAUCUUCAAAGUGAGCUUAGUAGAUUGUCUAAAGAUAUAGAAUUGAGGGAAUUGAAUCUCCGUUCUGAAGAGGACAAGUGUAGUAAGAUGAGAGAAGAGUUACUGACCUUGAGGGAAGAGUUGAAUAAGGCGUAUCUUGCGAAAGAUAUGUUGGAACAGCAGAAGUUAGAAACUGAUGGAUUAAUUUCUCAAAUCGAAAAAAGCAAAGGCGAUUUGGAACUGGAAUUGGAACGUGUGCUAUUAGAAAAGUCAGACUUGCAAGAGGUAUUGAUGAAAUUGGAGACUGUUUGCAACAAUCACGAACAAGAAAAGUAUCGAUUACAAGAAGAAUUGAAAAAGAUAACAGAGGAAAAGAACAAGUUGGCCAGUCAAUGUGCGGAUCAGCAGAAUGAUUUGGGUUCCCUACGAAAAGAGUUGCUUCAAGCUGAACAAACCAGACUCGAUUUGGAAUCAGACAAGGCGACGUUGGAUGAGAAAGUGAAGUUUUUGGAAAUCGAAAAGGAGAAAAUUGAAAUAGAAUUGGCACAAGUCACGCGCGAGCGUGGAGACUUGAGUAACCAACUCUCGGUUCUAGCACGGAAAAAGGAGUCGUUGAACGAAGAACUGAUGAGACUCAGGCAAAGAUUAGAACAAGCGAACGAGAUGAAUGGAAGAUUAAAUAGAAAUCUGGAGGAUCUCGUAAAAGACAAUGAAGAGAAACAAGUGCUUUUGGAAACAAACGAAAAAGAAAUACAGCGAUUGCAAGAGCAGCUUGCAUCGACGCGUAGCGAAAAAGAAACUUUAGAAGGCGUUUUAUUUGAUACGCAAACCAAUUUAGAAAAUAUGCACGUGAAGAAGACUCAGCUGGAGAAGGAACAAAAAGAGUUGCUGGUGAAACAAGAAAGUUUGAAAGGACAAGUGGAAAGACUGAUGAAGGAACUAGACAACAGUGAGAAGCGAGCACACGAUAUAAAACACGCUCUAACACAACAGAGUGGUGACCAGGAAGCCGAGUUUCAACAGAUUAUUUCCAACGUGAAGAAACACAGUGAAGACAAUAUAAAGAAACUGAAUGAAGAAAAGGAACAGAUAAAGAUAAACCUGGAGAAACGGCUUCAACAGUCUGUCUUCCAACUUACUGGAGAGAAAGACAACGAGAUAAAUCAGCUGCAACAAAGGAUAGACGAAUUGCAGCAGCAUAUAGAAAAUUUGUGUCAGCAACAUGAAGAAGUUCUACUUAGGGCAGAGAAUGAUAAGCAGCAAGCUCUUCUUAUAGCUCAUCAUGAUCAACAAGCACUGAUGGAAAAACUUGAGGGAGUAUUGCAUGAAAUGGAAGAAGAGAAGAGUAAUGUGGAGCGAAUCAAGCGGGAGGCUGCAGCUCGCGCUGAGCAAGAACGAAACAAUACGAAUCAAUUGCGCGAUGAACUGAGCCGCUUCAAAACGAAGCUAGACGAAACUAAACUGAAAGCUGACGAAGAGAGAAUAAAACUUGAAUUAAAGAUCGAGGAGCUUUGGAAGGAACGCGAAUCCGCGCAAAGAGAAUCCGAGGAAUUGCAAGUUCAAUUACACAUGACUGAAGAUAAGGUUGACAGUCUGCAAAAUCAAUUACAGGAAACUAUUAGAAAGCUUAAAGAGGCUGAGAAUCUUAAUGAAUCGCUUCGUAAGGAGUUAGUAGAUAUAAGAAGGCAAUUAUCUGAUUGCACAUAUGAGAAAGAAAAAUAUAACAGUAGUAAUAAAGAGUUGAGGGAGCAUGUGAAACGUAUAGAAAGUGAGAAAAGGGAGCAAAGCAGAACGUUAGAAGAAUCGUAUCAAAAAAUUGCAGCAUUGGAGGAUGUAAAAAUAAAUAUAGAUGCGGAGAGAUCUCGUCUUCAAACGCAGCUUCGCGACAUAGAACGAGAAAUGCUGCAAUUGCAAAAGCAGCUUCGCUUCACACAAGAUGAGUUGCAGAAGUGUCAUCAGAACAACGCGCAGGCACAGAACGAUGAAAAAGAAUUGCAAGCACGAUUGACUAAUGAAACUGAAGAGAGAGAACGUUUGCAAUUGCAGUUGCAUCAAGUUAAGAAACAGCUUGUAGAUGUGGAUAAUAGUUUGAAAGUGACGAGACAAGAACUUGGGAGAUUGCGUUCGCGAGCAGAUGAAGAGGAUGAACGAUGGAGAACUAGGGAACAAGAAUUGGUGGUUCGACUGGAGGACAGUCGAUGUCGCGAAAGAAAACUCGAGGAUCAGAAACAUAAUCUCGAAGUCUGUCUAGCUGAUGCUUCCCAACAAAUUCAAGAGCUCAAGGCUCGCCUCGGAGGAUCUGAAGGGCGAGUUCGAGCUCUGGACGCUCAAUUGUCGCAAUUGGAAAUGGCGAAGAAGGAGGUUGAACAAAAAUUAAGUAGCAUUGCUUCCACUCUACGUCGGAUUGCUGGUAUCCAGAUGGAUGGAAGCGUUAAUAUACCUUUUAAAUUAUUAAGUCCAUCAAGAAGAUGGAGUCCAGCAAGAGCUCAAGAUCACAUUGAUUCUGGUAGAGAUGUGAUACUUGAUGUUGAUCCUGAAGUUGUGAGAAAGGGUGUACGAUCCUUAAUGCAACAAGUAGCUCAAAUCGAGCGUGAAAGGGACGAUUACAAAACUGAGUUGUGUAACUUAAAAAAGGAAUUGACAGAAACCCAGGAGAUCCAAAAUAAAUCAGACAUGCAAAUAAACACCCUGUUAACGAAUUUAAGAAUUCUACAAGACGAGAAGAACUCGUUAGAAGUGAAGCUUUCUCAAAGACAGAAUAAUUAUGAGAUGCAGUUAAACGCUUUGCAACAAAAGGAACAGGAAUGCGAGCAAUUACGCGAGAAGAUGAUCAGUCUCGAGUCGAUGAUAAGCAGCCAGUCUGAAGAGAAAGGACAAUAUGAGGACAAAAUAGAUAAAUUGAAACAAGCUUUGAACAAAAUCGAGAACGAGAAACGGAAUCUACAGGAAGAGCUCAGUAGAAGUGAAUCUCGCGCCACGAAAUUAGAAUUGCAACGAAUGUCUUUGGAAGGUGAUCUACAGAGGUUGCAAAUGAUGUUCCAAGAAAAGGACGCAAACAUCCACAAAUUGCAAGAACGAAACGAAGUUCAGAAUCGGGCAAUGGCUAGUUUGGAAGAACGUUGCACCUCAUUAAAAUCAACGGUAGAGCAACUGAAUCACGGAUUGGAAAAGGCAUCCAUAACAGAAAGUGAAUUAAAGAACGAAAUUAAUUGCCUGCAGCACAACAUUAUGGAAUUGACAGCCACUUUGCAAACUUCUAACGAAAAGAAUAAACAGUUACAGAAACAACUUUCGAACGCCGAGAACGAACGCAGGAUAUUAACUGAACGCGUAGAAUCACUGCAACAAUCUUUAAGUGAUCUGAAGCAUACGAAUCAGACUCUGGCGGAUCAAAUUACACGUUUACAAAAUGAAUUAGCGAACAACGAAGUGCAACGGUGCGCUCUGGAAUCUCAAUUGAGAAUAGUUGCCUAUCCACAAGAGGAAAGCACGAACAAAGACGAAGAAUUGUUAAGACAAUUGCAAACUGCGCAGCGGGAUAGAAGCGAAAUGAGGGGAAAAGUAGAAGCCCUUAGUGACAAGAUGAAGUUGUUGGAGGCUGAUAAACGUAACUUAGAACGGCAAUUGUCUUUACUGAAAUCUACCAGUCGUAGCAAGAGCUACGAACGUCCGGAAAAAGCGCACGUGGAAUUGCUAGGCACGAGCUUCGACGUGGAUCAUUUUGAACAAGAAAACAGAGAGUUAAGAUUGAAAGUACGCCGAUUGGAGACUCAACUCGCAGAAAAAGAGGCCGAGUUGAUAAGAGUGAAAUCGAGUUACAGCCAUACGCAUUCUAUAUUCGAUUAUAGCAGAGACAGAACCAGUGAAAUCGAGAGGCUCAGAGCGGCUCAAUUGCAAGCUGAGAAGUUGCUGGAGGCGAGAGAACAGAGUCACCGUCAACAAGUUUUACGUCUGGAGAACCAGAUACAGUUACUUCGCGAACAACUGAAUCAAGAGAUAAAACGUCGUCAGUUGUACGUAUUGCGAAGUUCAAGAGCCGGUAGGGAGAUGCAACAGUUGAGGCAAGCUUUGGGCGAUUCUUUAAGAACGGUAUCGCAAGACCCGUCAUUGGACGCGGUAUUGUUAGAGCACGAAGCUCGAAAACUGGACUCGACUCUGACAAGUACUACCAGUUUACCGCCCUCGCUAGCUUUACCUCCGACCUCAUCUUACGAGAGAUCUUCUACCCCGGCGCAACUAAAAUAAAUUACAAAUGUUUCAGACUGAAUCAGACACGGAAACUGCCAACGGUACAAGAGAAGUAAUAGAUAAUAAUAAUAAUAAUUCUUCCGCGUACGGGAACACAUAUCUCAUGCUAGUCACAGAACUACUUCAUUGCCAUAAGUUAUUUGACCAGUAAUUACUAUGACAUUUUUAGUAAUAGUAAUUUUCUACGUUUUUUAUACAAAUUUAGAACUGAUUAACUAUUGCGGCAUAAUAUUCUGUGAUACAGAAUAAUCUUUCGAUUCGACAUUCCUUUUACAAAAUUUGAAAUCCGUCCAUCAGCUAUAACUCAUAGAUUUUAUUGAGUAAGUUACGUCCUAAUUUGUAAUAAUAUUUAAGAUAUACGUAUUCGGAUUGCCAAGCGUAUGCUUAUGGUCCGUAUAAUGGAAAGCACAUUCAGUAUAACGGUAAGAGUAAUGCUAUCUUUAGUCUCGUCCCGAGACCAAAGAGAAUCACCAAACAAGAGCAUUGUAGAGAUAUGCUUCUGAUUGUUUGAUAGGAGAGUUAUCGAAAUCUAACACGGCAUAGAGAGCGUAGAGAAUGGUACAUUGUUAUAAGAAAGUAUAAAAAAGUAACAUGCAUAGGCGAACAGUGGAUUGUGUCUAUUCUUUAUCGAUAAGAAUAUAGACAUCUAAUCCAGCCUGAAUAUUUAGCUGGUUCAUUCGAACUGUCCUGCUUGCGGAUCAUAGAAACUUCAAAUGUUUCCGAACUAUACUAUUUGUAGAAAAUAAUCGAGACAAAAAUGAACACUUUUGUUACCUUUGUAUUUAAAUUUAAUUGUCGAACAGCUCAUCUGUUAUGAAGAAAUGAAAACAAGAGCUUAAA